AAGCUUUCCAUCAGAAAAAAAAGAUUAGGCAAAAAUGUUCAUCGAAAGCUUCAAGGUUGAAUCUCCAAACGUGAAGUACACAGAGAAUGAGAUUCAUUCACUGUAUGACUACCAAACACCUGAGCUCGUUCACGAGAGCAAGAAUGGUGCGUAUCAAUGGACCGUGAAGCCAAAAACCGUAAAAUACGAGUUUAAGACCGACACUCAUGUGCCCAAACUUGGAGUGAUGCUCGUUGGUUGGGGAGGAAACAAUGGUUCUACUCUUACCGCUGGUGUUAUCGCCAAUCGUGAGUAUUUCAAGUCUUUUCGGGUCCUAAAUAUCCAAAAAAAAUCUGGAUCCGCUAUGUAUCCGAAAAUUACAGGUAUUUUGAAAGUAUUUGAAUUAUGGACCCAAAUCAUCAUGGAACGAAAUGAACCAACCCAAACCUAAACCAAAAAGAAUAUAAAUACUCGAAAUGAACCAACCCGAAAUGAUUUUUUGUAAUUAAAAUUUUAGUCUUUUUAAUAGUAUAAACUAUGUAAAUAUCCAAAAGAGCUUUAGAAGCGCAGAUUCCAAAUUUAAAAUAAUAUUUAAAAAAUGAAUUUCUAUAUCAGAUAGUAUAGGUUUGAGCACAUUUACCCGGAAUCGCGAAUCAAACUGAAAAAAACGAAACCAAAAUUAAACUGAAUUUUAUAAAUUGCCUAACAUAUCAUAUAUCUCUGAAACCUAAAAAUUGAAAUCAAACCGAAAACCAAUUGGAUAGCUUAAUUUCAAAAUACAAAUUAUAAACUCCGGGUAUUAUCUUAAGCUUAUAUAUUGUAAGAUUUUCCUUUUUCAAAUAUAUUUUUUCCUUUGAAAAUAUCAUUAAUGUUAAUGAUUUUCUUGUUUUAUAAAGGUUUAAUAAAUGGUACAUAGUUUAGAUUUAGAGUUAUGGUUUUAGGGAUUAUCGUUAAUAUUUGAAUUGAAUUGAAUAACAUGUUGUUAAUAUAAAUUAAACUUGUUAUUCAGUAACAUUAAAAAGUUUGUUAUGAGCACAGUCUAUAUAUUAUAAAUUUAUAGCAUAAAUUUGUGUUUAAAUAUUACUUUAAGCUAUGACAAAAAGAUGAAGUUCAUAAUGAACGUUUUAUGAAACAACAAUACUCUAAGCGUAUACUGUAAAGGUAAAACGAAUGUUAGAGUUGACAAAAAGAUGACGGUUAGAUAAUAUCAUUAUACUUAUCAUGAGUCUUUCUUCGAAACUUAUAAAAGCAAUGUAUAAAAGUAUUGCACUAUGAUCUUUUAUUAAUAUUUUUAACAAAGAAGAAAUAUGUAAGAGAAAUAUCUGUGGCCCAACAUGUCAAAAUCGUAAAAUAGUGGUAGAGCAAAAUAUGAUAUAGUCGGGUUU